AUGAAGUCUGUUCCUUAUGCUAAUGUUGUGGGGUCACUGAUGUAUGCCAUGAUUAGUAUUAGGCCAGACUUAGCCUUUGCCAUUUCCAUGUUAAGCAGGUAUAUGUCCAACCCUGGUAUGGAACAUUGGACUGCUCUAAAAUGGAUGCUGAAAUAUAUAAACAAUACUGUUUGUGUUGGGCUUGAAUACUGUAGAAGAAAUACUGCACUUGAUCUGGUUGGGUUUGUAGAUGCUGAUUUUGCAGGUGAUAAGGAUACCAGAAAAUCAACUACUGCAUAUUUCUUUACACUGGGUGGAAAUUGUAUAAGCUGGAAAUCACAGUUGCAGCGUAUUGUAGCACUGUCUUCAACAGAAUCAGAGUACAUUGCAGUAAUUGAUGCAGUUAAAGAAGCCUUAUGGCUAAAAGGAAUUUUGACAAAAGUAAAACUAAUUGGUGGAAAGGUGACAGUGUAUUCAGAUAGUCAAAGUGCGAUCCACCUAAGCAAAAAUCCAGUGUAUCACGAAAGAACUAAACACGUGGAUGUCCGCUAUCACUUCAUGAGGGAUCAAGUUGCAAGUGGAAUCAUUAAACUUAAGAAGUCUGGAGUGAUAAAGAGCUAUGACCAAAUGGUACUAGGCAAGCUGCACAAAGAGACUGUUUCCAGUGCUUCCAAGGUGGAGAUUGUUAAUGUGGAAACCUAA